UCUCUGCUGUCUUAGAACUCAAAACUGUUUCUUUAUGUUUUGCUUCCUUCAACGGCAAGCUCAAACAAGGCAAGGGCGACAUUGCAAGUUAUAAGCACAAAGCUUUUUCAGAGCAAAAAUGACAACAUGUGAUGCACUCCGAAGAUGGUUCAGAUGGCGUGAACGACUGGUCAUAUUCACUUACGGUAUGCUUUUCAGCAAGGGAAUGAUGACUUAUGUGCUGGAUAACCUUAUGACAUUCCUCACAGAUCUCUGGAAACUGAAACUAAUAGAAGCUGCAGCAAUCGUCAAUCUUCAAGAAGGUCUAAGGCAUAUGUUGCAGAUAUGCGUUGCUCUCUGCGUAGAUGCUUGCCUUGGUUAUCGAUGGAUGUUGAUUCUAUCUAGUGUUUUAUAUUCUACUGGACUUGCCCUUUUAGCAUUCUCAGUGCCUCAGUACUUUAACAAGUUGAAACAUUCACCUUUCUGGGAAGGAUUAGCUCUUCUGAUUGUUGGUGGGGCUGCACAAGUUAUUCCCCUUUACUCCCUUUCUUCUGAACAAACCAAGGUUGUAAGAGUACCAGAACACUGUGAAGAAACAAGACUAAAAGUCGCCUGUUGCUUGUGCAAAGUAAGAAUAGGAGGCUGGCGGCAGUUGCAGCAGAGAAUAAUCAGAUGGUUUGGCAUCGGAUUCAUGAUGCUGGGAAUCAUAACAUCAGUUUAUGGUUUCAUCUAUUUUGAAGAUGAAUGGCAUCAGCGUUUUUUGAGAUCAGCCAUUGCCAUAGUAAUAGGUUUACUUUGGUUUCUUUGUGGUUUCCCCUUCUACGGCCCUCGUCGACUGCAGCCGAGUCCUCUUUCGACUAUGCUACGUACCUUGAUUGCCGCGGCGCGGAAGAGGCAUCUCAAUUACCGAGGAAAUUUGGAACAACUUCAUCGUGAUGAUGGGAAAGAAAAUCCACUCCUUACAGACCAUCUUGAGUGA